AUGUCUCGACAUCGCAAUAUUCGUAAGAUGAACUAUGACGAAGAGCGAGAUGACGAAGAUGAUGAAUCCCAUCGAUAUAGUGUUUCAACGGACGAUGAAGCAGUUUUUUCGGGUGCAGAAGAAUAUAUAUAUAAGCGGACGCAUAUGAACUCUUUCAAUAAUAAAACCGGGGUUUGUAUCGCAGAUUUUAUUUCUGAAGAAGGCCUUCCGGAACUGGUUGAUGAUGUUAUUGAUGAUUCUAGAGAUAGCUACUCCACCAAGAUACAUGUUCAGAGAGCUGGAAAAGAUGAGUUAGCAGAAGGGAAUGCGUCAAAAGGUCAUCAACCAGUUAAAUGUAAGAGUAAGAAGAAUCGACUUAUGGAUCAGAUGAUAAAGCAAAAAUCUGAGAAAGCAAGCACGAAUGGCAAUAGUGAACACUUACCAGAGAUAUCACAAAUGGAGAACUUGCAACUGUCAGAAGGCAUGGAAAGCAAUACACGUAAGAAAAAAUUUCCAGACCAAGUACUAAGGACGAGUGAUAGUAGCAAGAGAUUAGUUGCUCUCGAUGCUGCACUAAAUGCUGUUGUUCAGUCCCCUAGAGCGAAACAAUCCUUUCAAGAAAAGAAGCCAAUAGUCAAUGUGGUCAUUGUUGGCCAUGUAGAUGCUGGUAAAAGUACGUUGGUGGGGCAUCUUCUAUAUCAAAUGGGUAAUGUCGAUGAGCGAGCUAUGCAUAAAUACAAAAAAGAAUCAGCUAAGAUUGGCAAAGCAUCGUUUGCAUAUGCUUGGAUCCUUGACGAUACACUGGAAGAGAGGGAACGAGGUGUAACAAUGGAUAUUGCACGGACAAUCUUCGAAACUGAACAUCGAAAAAUCUUCAUUUUGGAUGCACCAGGUCACAGGGACUUCAUCCCUAAUAUGAUUACAGGUGCUGCUGAAGCAGAUGCUGGUAUACUUGUUAUCAAUGCAACUUGUGGAGAGUUCGAGACUGGAUUUAGUCAGGGGGGCCAGACGAGGGAGCAUGCUAUUUUACUUAGAUCAUUGGGAGUAGGUGAGCUAUUGGUUGCCAUAAAUAAGAUGGAUACGGUGCAUUGGUCUCAGCAACGGUACGAUGAACUUUGUGCUACUCUGAAAAUUUUUCUAAGGAAGCAAGCUGCCUAUUCAACAGUUAAAUUUGUUCCGCUCUCUGGAUUGGAUGGAAUUAAUUUAACAAAAACACCAUCUGAUGGCCACUCUUUGCGCAACUGGUAUCAAGGACCAACGUUGUUGCAAUUAAUGGAUGAACUGCAGGUACCAAUACGGUCACAGGAUCGUCAUUUUCGAGCUGUAAUUAAUGAUAUAUACAAAGCCUCUAUGUCAACGCUUUCAGUAAGUAUAAAAAUUGAGGCCGGUUUUAUAGAAAAUGAUGAGAAAGUGUACAUAAUGCCGAAUGCAGAUCCUGUAAUUGUUAAAGGAAUAGUUGUGGAUGCCAAUUCGAAAAAAGGCAUUGGGUUUGCUGGUGACCAGGCUAUAGUGACUCUAUCACCUGUUUCAAGCAUUGAACCCGAUUCCGUAAGCGUUGGAUACGUUCUUUGCCGCGGUGGACAGGAAUGUCUUAUUCCUGGAAAGAAAUAUCUGGUGCGCAUUGUUGUUUUCGACGUUGUUGUUCCGAUUAUGAAAGGCACUAAAGCUGAGCUUUUCGCACAUUCGUUGUGUGAGCCUUGCACUAUCACAAUGUUGAAGGCAGAACUGAAUAAGUCUACGGGCGAAGUAAUAAGGCAAAAACCUAGAACACUAGCAAAAAAUAUGAGUGGAAUGAUCGAAAUUCGAACAGAACGAGCUGUAAGUUUAGAACGAUAUUCUGAAUGCAGAGCACUUGGCCGAGUAACACUUCGCUAUGCUGGAGAGACUAUUGCAGCAGGCAUUAUUGAGCAGAGAUUGGAUUGA